GAUAGAAUGGAAAUAUAAAGAUAUAGUACAUAUAUCUACCCUAGAUAUUUUAGGAAACACAACGAAUCAAUUUGAUCAUUCAACUGCUCAAAAAUUUUCUCCGAUCAACAUCCACCUUCCGAUAAAUCGAUCGAUCGAUACAAAUGGCGUAUGCGUAUGCCGGUGCCGCACCAAGCGGUCCUCCAAUGGCGAAUCCGAUCGCCGUGGUGAGCCCACACUUCUGCGCACCCUAUCCCGUGGAUUUGAUCAUCGCCAAGAAACUCAUGACCUUAUCAGAGGGUUCCUUCGCCGUUACGGAUGUUAACGGCGCCGUUAUGUUUAAGGUCAAAGGCUCUGUUUUCAGCAUCCAUGACCGUCGUCUGCUCCUUGACGCCUCCGGUAACCCUGUCAUCUCCCUCCGCCAAAAGAUAAUAACUGCGCAUAGAAGAUGGCAAGUAUACAGAGGAGAUAGCUCAGAUUCAAAAGACUUACUUUUCAGUGUGAAGAAAUCUUCUCUAAUUCAAUUCAAGACCGAAUUAGACGUGUUUUUUGCUGCUAACAUAAAAGAAGAUGUACCUGAUUUCAAGGUCAAAGGUAGCUGGCUUGAAAGAUCAUGCACUAUAUAUCUCGGAAAUACCUCCAAUAUCAUUGCCCAAAUGCACAAGAAACACAGUGUUGAAAGCGUUUUGCUUGGAAAGGACACAUUUUCAGUGACUGUGUAUCCUCAUGUUGAUUAUGCCUUCAUAGUUGGUCUGGUGGUGAUUCUGUAUGAGAUUAACGAGGACAGAAAAGAUGAUGACUGAAAGAUUGGACUACCCUUCUUCGCAAUCUAUGUAACAGCCUCAGCAUAUCUUAUUUCAUGAGGCUUUUGGUAUGCGUGAUAUAAAUUAUAUGAAUGGAAUGUGAAAGUAUUGUUGGAAAAAAUUGAGUGAAUGAGAAAUCGAUGCCUAAAUUGAUUAAAGAUGAUAUUAUCUGAAUAUUGUAUGAUUCAUUCUAAUUAAUUUUGACAAAUCACUUUGGUCAAAAUUGAGAUAUCAGAAUAUUGUGUGAUUAAUUCUGAUUGACUAUGAAAAAAUCACUUUGGGUAGCAA